UUACCAUCAGCAACACCAUCGCACAAGUUCAACUAAUUAUUAGGCAAAGAUAAAAACAAGUGUUAUCUUCAACUUCCAUUAAUCCUCCAAUGAAGCCGCUAUUAACCGACCUUGUAUCAACUGUGAAUUCCAUUCCUCAAAAUUUCAUUCGACCUGAGUCAGAUCGUCCAAACCUCGAUGAGGUUACCUUUGAUCAUUCCAUCCCUCUCGUUGAUCUCCAGCACCUUGAUGAUGGCCCCAACCGCUCUACCGUUGUCAAAGCCAUUGGCGAUGCCUGCCGAAAUUGUGGUUUCUUUCAGGUUAAAAACCAUGGCGUUUCGAAAGAGGUGAUCGGUAAGAUGUUGCAUGUCUCGAAACAAUUCUUCCAUUUACCGGAGAGUGAGCGAUUGAAGAAUUACUCUGAUGACCCUAUGAAGACCACGAGACUUUCUACGAGUUUUAAUGUGAGAACUGAGAAUGUAUCAAGCUGGAGGGAUUACUUGAGACUCCAUUGCUACCCUUUGGAAGACUAUGUUCAUGAAUGGCCAACCAACCCUCCAUCUUUCAGAGAAGAUACUUCUGAGUACUGCAAGAACACCAGAAGGCUGGCAGUGAGACUGCUUGAAGCAAUAUCAGAAAGCUUAGAUCUAGAAAGGGAUUACAUCAAUUCAGCACUUGGAAAGCAUGCACAGCACAUGGCUAUCAACUACUACCCACCGUGUCCCGAGCCAGGGCUCACCUAUGGGUUGCCUGGUCAUGCUGAUCCUAAUGCUAUUACCAUUCUCCUUCAAGAUGAGGUGCCUGGUCUGCAAGUGCUCAAAGAUGGAAAGUGGAUUACUGUCAACCCCAUUCCCUACACCUUCAUUGUCAAUAUCGGUGAUCAGAUACAGGUAGUGAGCAAUGAUAGUUACAAGAGCGUGCUUCAUCGGGCAGUGGUGAAUUGCAAGGAAGAGAGGAUCUCCGUUCCAACGUUCUAUUGCCCAUCACCCGACGCCGUGAUGGGACCAGCUCCGAAACUGAUCGACCCCCUCCAUCAUCCUCCCUUAUACAGGAACUUUUCAUACGGUGAAUACUACCGCAGCUUCUGGAAACGGGGUCUCAAUUCUGAAACAUGUUUAGACAUGUUUAAAAUUUAAGAACACCCAUUCCUUCGUCUUUAUGUCUUUUAAGUACCAUUAUGUGCGUUACCAGAAAUAAAGAUUUAAUUCAUAGUACUCCUAUAGAUUUAGUAUUCCUACCAAAUAUGUAACCUUGGAUCCAAUGUCUAAAGUGCUAUUCAGAAAUUUUAAUCCAUUGUGUAUAA